AUGUCAAUAUCUCAGCUACCUCAGGCUACUGUUCGUCAGCUUGGCUCCUCUGUCGUCAUUCCAUCUCCCGUGUCACUUGUCAAGGAACUCGUAGACAAUGCUAUUGACGCCAAUGCAAAUAAUGUCGAGAUCAGGAUCUCCGCAAACGCAAUAGACAAGAUUCAGCUCGGAAGACUACAUGCUCUUGGACGCCGUUCCCAUACCAGUAAGCUCCGGACUUUCGAAGAACUUCAAAGCAAGGGAGGUCAGACACUUGGUUUCCGCGGCGAUGCCUUGGCGAGCGUAAAUGCCGUCUCGAAGCUUACCAUCACGACGAGAACGAGCAGUGAUCCAGUGGCGGUUUCGCUGGUACUCAACCCCAGAGGCGGCGGUUUUACGAAUAAGAAGCAUGUUUCGGGCUCCGUCGGGACGACUGUCGACGUCUCGGACUUGUUUGCCAACAUUCCGGUUCGCAGGCAACGAAUUCUGAAGGAAAGCAAGAAAACAUACGCGCAGAUCAAGGACCUUCUACAGGUCUACGCACUCACUCGACCUCACAUUAGGCUCUCCUUGAAAGUCACUAAAAAUGACAAACUCUCAUGGUCAUAUGCUCCAAGCAAAGAUAGUGGCGUCCGAGAGGCAGUUCUCCAAGUCCUUGGGUCGGAACUGGUCUCGCAAUGCGUCUAG